AUAGAAUGAAUUAUUUGAUCAGAGAAAGAGAAGGAAAAAUAUAUUUUAAUCAUGUAAAAGGACACUCAGGAAUAUAUGAAAAUGAUCAAGCAGAUAAAUUAGCAUAUUUAGGAUCAUUAAAAGAAUAUAUAAAAGAUUUUAAUUUUUUAUCGACUAAUAGAGAAAAGAUAGAUUUUUAUUUCAAGAAACAGAACAAAAAAGAUGACUCAGAAAAUGCAACUGAUUUAUAUUUGCUAGAAUUUACACGUAUACUUCAAUUAUUAGAAGAAAAUAAUGACAAAAACAAGUUAUUGAUCAAGACAAGAAACAAAAAUAUUUAUCUGAUGCUUAGUGAGAAUCGAAUCGAGAAAUGGUUAAAGAAUAAUUGGUAUCGUUAUAGAUCAAUUAUAAAAUUAAAAGCUCCCAAAGAAAUUUGUAUACGAAUUAAAAAUCUAAUAGAUAGUCGAACAAAUGAAACAGAAUUUAACAGCUACAAUACACACUUGUGGAAAGCUCUAUGGGGUUACAUCAACAAGGAUAAUAAAUUAUUGAGGGAUCAUAGUGUUUUUUGUACGUUUGCUAUGACAAUUCAAG